UAAAAUAAUAAAUUAAGAAAAUUGCACGAUCUUCCCAUUUGUUGUCUUCUACGUUCUCCAUUUCCUUUUCUGUUUACCUUUGUUUUAAAAAGUGAUGUUCUUCUCUUUUCGUUUGUGGUUCUCACGGUCUUGAGUUAAUUUAUUCAAUUAAGCCUUUCAGCUUCCUUCCACAGAGACCAAAUCAUAUUUCAUUCUUUUUUAAAAAAAAAUCCAGGUUUGUCCCAGCGCCGGCACUGGCCACAAUUGUCAUUGUCAUUAGCAUUGAAACUUGUCCAUGAGAAACGCUGAAAGUAUAUGAGUCUAUGAACAUGGAAGAAUUUCACGAACAGAUCCAUUAAAAGAGUACUUUUGGGAUCAGACGUUAUUAUUAUUAGAGAUGAAUUUCACAGAAGCAAUGAACGUUGUGCACAACAGAAUCCAACAACUUGAACCUGAGAAUGCUUCGAAAAUCAUUGGUUAUCUCUUGUUGAUGCAAGACCAUGGUGACCGUGACAUGAUACGUCUCGCCUUCUGUCCUGACUCUGUGAUGCGUUCCAUGAUCAACUUCGUUAAAUGCGAACUAGCUAAAGAUCCUCGUUACCACCACAGCCCUCCUUCUUCUGAUCACGUUCCUACUACUCGUAGUAGUUUCGGAUCUUUCACCGGUUCACCAAUCCAGCCACCCUCGGUAUCGGUUUCUCCUCCCAUGAGAACCGGUUUUUGGGAGAAUCCAACAGAGGUUGUUGAUUCACUGCAGAACAACAUCCAGUUCUUGAACUUUGACGAUUCGAUGACAAGCCACGAGUUCUCUAGUGGCUUCUUCCCUCGGGAUCAUCAUCACCAUCAGUGUUUGCCUCUGAGAACGAGCAGGAGAUCACCGAGUCUACCCGAGUUUCCCGUAAAAAUAUGUCAUUAUUUCAGCAAAGGGUACUGCAAGCACGGCGGUAACUGCCGGUACUUCCACGGGCAGAUCAUACCGGAGAGAGAGAGUUUCUCUCAGAUGUUUAAUCCAAACAACGUAAGCGAUGAAGAGCACGUUGUUUCUCCUGGAUCACUAGAGAAGCUCGAGGGAGAGAUCAUCGAGCUGCUGAAAUCAAGAAGAGGCGCUCCGAUUUCCAUAGCUUCAUUGCCGAUGAUGUACUUCGAAAAAUACGGUAGGACCCUCCAAGCUGAAGGAUACCUCACGGAGUCACAAAGGCAUGGCAAAGCUGGCUUUAGCCUCACCAAGCUUCUUGCUCGCUUGAAGAACACCAUCCGUCUCAUCGACAGGCCUCAUGGGCAGCACUCGGUUAUACUAGCAGAAGAUGUAUCAAAGUUUGUGGAAUACAUGGAAGAGAGAAACGAACACGGAGCGAUCCUUGCUGGUUCCAAACAGAUUUAUUUGACAUUUCCAGCAGAGAGUAGUUUCACUGAACAUGAUGUCUCAAACUACUUCUCCAAGUUUGGACUUGUGGAAGAUGUGAGGAUUCCUUGUCAACAGAAAAGAAUGUUUGGAUUCGUAACGUUUGUUUACACAGAAACCGUCAAACUCAUUCUUGCUAAAGGCAACCCUCAUUUCAUCUGUGGGGCCCGUGUUCUCGUCAAGCCUUACCGGGAAAAAUCGCGCUCCAGUCGAUAUCUUGACAAUAACAAGCCUCUUCACGGGAUGCGGUAUGGCUCCCAAUACAUGGACAGAGACAUGGAGAUGAACACAUUGCCAGCGCGUGUAAGUGAGAGCUCAAGACUAAUGAGAAAGCAGUUUCUUGAGGAACAUGAGCAAUCGGUUUCAAAGUCUUUGCCUACUAAUUACUCUUAUCUUGGCUUCUCCGAUGACUUUAAACUAACAGCAGAUGCGGAGCUAGAGGAACAAGCGGGACGGUUGAGCUAUCUGCUGGAGUAUUUGAACACCGAAGAUAAUGUCCUGAACAUAACCACUAACUACAAAGACAGUGAUCGGAGAAUCCAUUGUGAACCUUUGGACAACCAAGUCUUGAAUCUACCAGAGAGUCCGUUUUCUUCCCUUUCUGGGAAGGAAAUUUCGACAGUUACAUAGAGAGGAAGAGACUAAUACCUAACCAAAAGAGAGAGAGAAGAAGAUAGGAGCAUAAAGGUUAGAGGAAAUUUCACAAAGAUCUAAUAAUCAUCAGUCAGCAGAAAGAAAGAUAGUUCUUUUUUAAUAAUGUUCUUGCAUAUCAACUUUAGAAUCUUCAGCAAUAACACCAAAAAGAUAAAAAGAGGUGACAGAAACACAGAAGCUGUUUGCUUCAACUACAACAUGAGCCUAGCAGAUUGAGAAAAACUAAAGUACAAGUGGUUGUAAUAAUAAUUCAAAACUUG